GGGUGAAGUCGCAUUAAUUCCGCCAGACGCCUGAAAGAGCAGCGGGGAAAGAGGAACUCGCAGUCGCACAAAGAGAAUUUGCCUCUGAGUGACAUUUCAGCAUGGAUGUUUGUCCCAUCGGGUCAUCUGACCUGACUGAGGCUGAAGAGGCUGAAAUAGAAACUAUCCGAAAGCACAGGAAGGAGCUGCUGGAGGACAUUCAGAAACUGAAGGAUGAGAUUGCUGAGGUCAUUGCCCAGAUAGAUGGCUUCCAGAAUGAAAGCGAGAGCAAAACAGAGCAGAAGGACAGACAUCUGAGUGUAGGCCGGAAGAAAUUCAACAUGGAUCCCACAAAGGGGAUCCACUACUUGAUUGAGCAUAAGGUGCUGUCCUCAGACUUACAGGAUAUUGCCAAGUUCCUCUACAAAGGAGAAGGCCUGAACAAGACAGCCAUUGGGGAUUACCUGGGGGAGCGGGACUCAUUGAACAUUCAGAUCCUGCAGGCUUUUGUGGAAUGCCACCAGUUUGCCAACCUGAACCUGGUGCAGGCGCUAAGGCAGUUUCUGUGGAGCUUCCGGUUGCCUGGGGAGGCCCAAAAGAUUGACCGGAUGAUGGAGGCCUUUGCCAGCUGGUACUGCCAGUGUAACCCGGGUGUUUUCCAAUCAACAGACACCUGCUAUGUGCUGUCCUUCUCCAUCAUCAUGCUGAACACCAGCCUGCACAACCCCAAUGUGAAGGACAAACCCCCCUUUGAGAGGUUUGUGUCUAUGAAUCGAGGCAUUGACAAUGGAGGGGACUUGCCUGAGAUGCUUCUUAAGAAUCUCUUUGAGAGCAUCAAGAAUGAGCCAUUUUCCAUCCCAGAAGAUGAUGGGAAUGACCUCACACAUACUUUCUUUAACCCAAGCCGUGAGGGCUGGCUCCUUAAGCUGGGAGGCCGGGUGAAGACCUGGAAGCGACGUUGGUUCAUCCUGACUGAUAACUGCCUGUACUACUUCGAGUAUACCACGGUCUACCUAGCCUCUAACUCACAACUGUUCCUGCUUGGCUUCCAGGACAAACCCAAAAAGCCAAACUGCUUUGAGCUCUUCAAUCCCAACUGCAAAGGGCAAAAAAUCAAAGCCUGCAAGACAGACGGGGAUGGGAAGGUAGUGGAAGGCAAACAUCAGUCCUACAAGAUCUCUGCACCCACGCCAGAGGAGCGUAACCAGUGGAUAGAGGCAAUACGGACCAGCAUCACCCAGGAUCCCUUCUAUGACCUGGUCUCAGCCCGUAAGAAAAAGAUUGCCAGCAAACACUGAGUCGGGCUGCCAUGGGCCCACUCCUUUGUGCCCAAAACACUUAACCCUCAGGGAAGUGUCCUCUGCUGAUGGGCUUCACCAGCAGAGGUCUCUUGGAGGACAUCAGCUCCCUCAACCCCCUGAAUGACUGGAGGAUAGUUGCUGGGGGUGAGGCCAGGGCUGUGACCUCUUUCAUCCUUCCACUCUAGGAGGCAUCCCUACUGGGCUCCCAUGCCAGCCUCUAUGCAUUAGGUAGGACAUGGUGGGGAGGUCAUCAGUUUUUUUUACAGGACUGGUGUCUGAUUUCAGCCACUGAGUGGGACUUAUACAUUUUGCUGGGGAAGUCCUGGAAAGGUUCCUUGCCCAUCAGCAUGGUCCAGGCCACCUGCACAAACUGAGGACCCAACUGUAUCUCUGAUCAAGGAGCCAAGGGACCUGGAGAGAAGAGUGCUGGGCUGAGGAGACCUACUGUGAACCCAGAAACUCCUGUGCAAUGGGGAGCCCUGUCUGCCCUGUCUGCCUGCCAGUUGCAGGCACCUGCUCCGUGCCCCUGAACACAGCACUGUGAGGUUUGGAGGUCUCUAUGAACAGAGAGCUUCAGGACAAGGACAUUUGGGGCUCUCUGGUACUGUGUGACCAGGGAAACAGCUCUGGUUCUCUGCCUUCCUGAGUUCUUUCCACUCAGAGCUGGCACACAUCAUGCCUCCAUCAGGAGGCUCAGCUUAGGGAAGAACGCUCUAUGGCAUCUUGUUACUGCAUCCCAGCCUGCAGUGCCCUGAAGUGCCCCCCAAGCCAUGGUCUUUCAGCGGCUGGGUUUUGGCAUCACAGGAGCUUGCAGAGCAUUCUCCUUCACUGCCCAUUUGUUUCACUCGUAUCCUGUGUUCAGAGAACAUGGAUCUCUUGUGUACAGAAAGCUAAAACCUCAGGGUGGAAUGAUCAUUAAAAGAUAAUUAUAAGAGCU